AAAAUUUGCACUGUGGCUGCUGACCAGCCGUGAGUUGGACGUAUGGGAAGUGUGCGACAGCACGCCAUGUCAGGCCCAUUUUGCGUGUCAUGUGCACUGCCUUCUGAAUUAGUUCGCUAGUAUCGCGCUCCUUACUCUACCUACACGGCACCUACACCCCGAGCGGUGUGUUGCUGUCGGCGCCGUUACCGCGUAUCAUGUGCUUUCGCCAACUGGACAAAACCAGCGAUGCUGCUCGUUACUUUUUACAAAAUUUCAACUCUCGACCACUCACAGCCUAGGACCCACUAUUUUCCUUGAAUAUCAGAUUCCGUUGGCCAAUCACGAUACUCCUACGAACCGCUCUCCCACGCGAAAAACUAGUCAGUGCGUUCAGCUCCGUAAGUAUAAUUCGAUAUUCCACCAAGAGGCAGGGCAGCCAUAGUCAUUCGGCCUUCGGGGGUGUAGCGGAGAAUAUAUCGCCGAACGGACAUGGGCUUGGUGGCCUUCCUCACGUGCGGCGCGUGCUCCAGCCGCCGCAAGCGUGGGCACGAGAAUUUCCCGGACACCAUCACGAUCCCCACGCCGUCCGCGCAGUCGCACAACGCCGCACUGGCGCACCACCAUCCGUACGACAUCCACGGCACUCCCGCGCCCGCGCCCGCUGCACGCGAACAUCGCAAUACUCGCGGAGAAGACCGGUCCAGAGACAGCAGCGAGCCGCGACGCGACCGACGGACGUCCAACCCACAGCCUCGAGUGUCCAGCGGCCCGAACAGAGUGUCCAGUGGCCCGAACAGGUCUUCCAGCGCCCAGCCGCGGCAGCGUAGCGGCUCGCGACCUCAGCAAUACCAGCCGCAGCACCCCGAGCAGAGGUCGCGUCCUCAGCAGCACGACCGCCACGCGCGACAUGAUCGUCCGGCCGUACGUAACAUCGAACCCGUUGCGCCGGAGAAACUGCGGCCGAGCGGCGGUUCGGGCGGAUCGGGCAAUAACCGCGACUCGGAGAUCACAGACAGGUCCAAAGAGGUGGCGAGUAAAGUGCUGGAGCAAUUCCAGUCCGACCCGACGCUCGGUCGGAUGCGCAUCCCGUAUUCGUCCCUGUAUUUCACGCGCGUACUGAGUAAAGGCGCGUUCGGCGAGGUGUGGCUCGCGCAACUGGAGAACAGACAGGUGGCCGUUAAACGCAUUUUGAACGAGAAGAAGAACGACGAGAAAGAGAUCGAGUGCUUCGGCGCGGAGAUUAAACUCAUGGCGUCAUUUUCGCAUCCGAAGAUCGUCGAGUUUGUGGGCGUAUCGUGGAGUUCCAUGCAGGACGUGUGUGCCGUGACCGAGUACAUGGCUAAGGGCGACCUGUACGGCUUCCUCAAACGUCGACAGGGACAGCUCAACUGGCGUGACCACAAGAUCUUUCUGGCUGAAGAUGUGGCCGACGCACUCGGAUACUUACACGGCCUAUCGCCCAAGGUGAUUCACCGGGACCUCAAGUCGAAGAAUAUUCUAUUGGACGACGCAUUCCGCGCCAAACUGAGCGACUUUGGUAUCAGCCGUGAGCGAUCUGUGGAGGACACGAUGACUGCAGGUGUGGGCACAAUAUACUGGACAGCACCCGAAGUGCUCAUGGGCAAGAAGUACACGGAGAAGGCCGACAUCUUCUCGUUCGGUAUUGUCAUGUCGGAGCUGGACACACACGCCGUGCCGUACUCGGACAAACGCGACGCGUCCGGAAAGAAGCUGCAGGGCAUGAAGAUCGUGCAGAUGGUGAUUCGAAGAAACCUGAGGCCGACAUUCUCGUCGGACUGCCCCCCGCUCGUCAAGGAGCUGGCGGACCGCUGUCUGGACUCGGAUCCGGACGUGCGACCCAGCGCCAUGGAGCUGCUGCGAAUCAUCCAGCGCAUGCAGAACCUUUUGUAAGUUUGCAGUGAAGCCUCAAUAGCCGCUUAAGUAGAAGAUACGGAGGAGAAGACACUCGCUGCUCGAACCGAAGGAAGGAUCGAACGAGUGGCGCGUCAGGAGGAGCGGGAGACUCCGCUGCUCGAACUAGAAGCUGCAUGCAGAUAUGAUUGUCGAGCCGAUAGGACGCAUUUUUUGUUGGUUUGCCAUAAAUUCCCAAUAAACGAAAGACAAUUCAAUUGCAAUUUUUUGCCAUGCAACAA